GACGCGCAGGACAAAGAUAGGGCAUUGCGGAUUGCGAUCAACAAAAUAAACUGGAGGGACCGAGAUACCGAUUUCCUAUGUUUGUUUGAGACGGGAAGUUUCUAUGAUUGCACUAUUAAAGUCGAGAAAAGGCGAUUCCGUUGCCACAAACUGAUUCUCAUAAUGAGCAGUCCUGUGUUUGAGCGAAUGCUCUGCGGUGAUUUUGCAGAAUCCACAAAAGGUGCAGACGAUGAAAUCGCCAUCGAUAGCAUUUCUGCCGAUGCGUUUGAUAAGGCUAUGAGGUUUCUGUAUGGAAACAAAAUCUAUUUUGAGAAUAGCAUCAACCUGACUAUCGAGAUUUUUCGCUUUGCACACAAGUGGCAGAUAAGUAAACUUUUUAGAGUUGCAUCAGAUAUAUUGCAGAAAAAACUGGACGCGACUAACGUUCUUCAAAUACUAAAAAUGCACCAUUCUCUGGGUGUUACUGCAGGGUUGGAUAAAUGUUGGAAGAUUAUUCAAGAACAAACAGUGGAAGUAUUAUCGUCUGCAGGUUGGUUGGAAUGCUCAUCAGAAACUGUUAAAACGAUCCUCAGUAGGGAAAAGUUGAGUGUGAAUGAAAUUGGCCUAUUCCAGGCUCUGCUAAAAUGGGGUAGCUCAUUCAGAGGAAAAGGUACCACUAGGUCAAAGAUAAACGAGUUCCUUCCAUUAAUCAGAUUUCUAACAAUGACCGAAAAUGAUUUUGUCGCGAUUUGCACUGCAACUAACGACGAGCUGACCAGUGACGAAAAACUCAACAUUCUGUUAGCCAUUAAAACGGGGAAAAUUGAUUUCUACCCAACUCACCUAAGUAAAAGUAGAAAAUCGCGAUGUCCAGUUACCGCAAUGGAAGUGUCUUUCGCGUCAAUCACAGGCCAAAUCCGACCACGUUCAAUACAUAUUAAUAUUCCUCCUAACAACAUGCAUACUUUAAAUCUUUUAUUGCGCUCUAAUCUUUCUAACGUGAAUGAAAUUUUCGUUACCGGUGUGAUUGUGCAAGACUCAAGUUUUUUCCUCGAACCACCAAUGCAAACAUACCAUUUCGCAUUUGGGUUGUAUUCAAAUAAUCUAUGCAACUUCCAGCUGGGACCGUUUGUCGCACAAUCAGAAAGCGCAGAGUUUACAUUUCUGCCCCCCGGUUCUAGCAAUCUUGAAAGAACAGUUCGAUUUGACCCUCCAGUAAAAAUGAUAGCUGGAUGUCAGUACGCAUUAGAUUUGCGUGUAAAGGUUUUGAUUAACCUGCCAAGAUCCUCAAGGGUCCAUCGCUCAAUGGGCAAUUAUAACACCAUUGUGAGAGGGCAGCACGAAUUGGCCGUGGGGACCACUUGCGAACUUGAAAUUAACCUGUCCAACGUCCAGCCUGGGGAUUUGUUUUCGUACGAAAGUUUCUCUGCAAAAAUCACAGGGCCAAUGUCACAAGAAAUGAGUCACUUGUCAGCAAUUCUUAUAGAGUUGAAAAGCAAUUCAACUUAAGUAACCUGACACUCCUGACACGUCACAUGCAAUUAAAAAAAAAUGAAAUGUUACAGCGGACCUUGUUAAUAACGAGUCUGAAUAUUUUAACCAAAAUUUUCAGUUCAAAUUCAAUUUUUUUUACCCUUUACAUCACAAACACGACACACAACUUGCUGAUGAGUGCUUUUUAUAUAGCAGCGUUCUUUGCUUUUUUAUUAAUACUCAUUGAGGUAAGCGUCAAAAAUAAAAAUCUAAUUUUGCUUCAAAAGAUUAAGAAAUAUUUACUAUUAUAUUUUGUUUAUUAAACUUAUAUAUGUUGAGAAAAAGAAUUAUAUUAGAUUAGAUUUGGAAUUCAUAUACAAAUAUUUAUUAAAUUUCGGAUAAUAUUUAUUCCGGUGCUGGCAUUUAUGCAUGACAAAGCGUGGCAAGAAGCAUACGCAGGUCAGGCAAACUAGCCAUCAUGCCGCUGGCAUCGCCAUGCCGUGGCUUUAUGGCCUUUAUUUCGCUUUUACUCGAAAAUGACCAGAGAGCCAAAAUCCGUGCCCCAUCAUGGAGCUUUUUUUACUUGUUAUAUGUUUGUAAUUUAGAAGGAAUUCAAAUUUCAAUAAAUAAUCAUGCAGAGACGAUGAUCCUUUUUGGUUGGAAUGUAAAAUAGAUAAAAGCCAGCUUUCGUGUAUUCCACAUAAAAAGAUAUAAAUUAAACACUUUGAAAACUACUAUCUACAGAACAGUUUAAUGAUUCGCAUUUCACCAAUCUGCCUAGAGCUGCUUUUAAUAAGAGACACCAGAGCUUGAGGGUAUUGCAUUUUGAAUAGCUCCUCAGAGGAAACGAUGUAAAAUAAAAUAAUCCAGCUUUUCUUCUGGUUCUUUGUCUUUGCACAUAGUAAUGCAUAGUAACACACUUAAAAUUAAAGCGUGUAUUUCAAAUUUCGCUAAACGGAGAUAAUAAAAUAAUAUUCAAUUUGAAAUUUAGCUGUUUAAUUACAGCUAAUAGAAACAAACAGAAAUUUUUGUACAUGUUGGACAAUUUCUGGAAAUAAAUUAUAUUUUAAAAUCAA